AUGGAUAAAGCUUAUCAUUACAAAUACACGUUAGGAGCACCGCAGACUCCGAUCGCAUUGUGUACCUCAGAUGACAGAGGUUCAUCUGCUUUUUUCCUUUCUCUCGAUAUAUCCGGCUCUGACAAAGCCCUCGAGUACAUCACAGAGAGUCUGUAAUGUCACCUUUUUAACGAAAGUAAAAUACACUGUUCAACUUUUCCUAUUGUGGGUUGCUGCCUCUCAAAUUCAGAGGAAGUGUGUGUGUGUGGGUGUGGGUGUUGGGGGAGGGGUUAGUGGGCGAUGGUGGGGGUGAAAUGUACCAAGAAGAUAAAAUAUUCUCUCUUCAGCCUGUGCCGAAUAUUCUCCAGAUUUAGAUGAGCAGGGUGUGGUCUCCACCAGAGAUUUUGCCCUCCAAAUACACAGAAAAGAUUUCAUCGGAAAGCUAAGGCAGGUUGAAUCAGGAAGUGCUCAGAAAUGUCUUCAAGAGGCCAGAAGCAGAAGUGGACGGAGGAGUUAAACUGUCCCAUCUGUUUGGAGAUCUUUACCGAGCCAGUUACCCUGAAGUGUGGCCACAACUUCUGCCGCUUCUGUAUCACGCAUAGCUGGAGCGAGCAGCUGAAAGGAACCUGUCCAGAAUGUCGAGAGGUGAAUUCAGGAAAUCAGCUGAAACCAAAUCGAACGCUAGUAAAUCUGUCAAAUGAAGCUCGGGAACUGAAAUCACCGCAGAACAAAGAGAUGCGUGACUGUGAUAAACAUUCGGAAGAACUGAAGCUGUUCUGUGAAACUGAUAAGAAAUUGAUCUGCAUCAUGUGUCUUAUUGAUGCCGAUGGACAGAGCCACAAAUCCCACGACUUAAUGCUGAUAGAGAAAGCGGCUGAGAUCUACAAGGACAAACUAAAAUCGUCCUUUGAUCCGGUUAUCAAAAGAAACGAGGCUGUUCUGCUCACUGAAUCGGAGCAAAAAGAGAAGAUUUCAGCGCUGAAAGAGCAGGUGAGCAGGCUGGCGAAGCAUGUUACGGCUGAGUUUGGUAAGAUGCACCAGAGCCUCUAUGACAGAGAGCAGCGUGUAAUCCGAGAGCUCAGACAGCGAGAGCAGGAGAUUUUGCAACGAAUGGAGAAAAAUCUGGGAGAGAUUCGGGGCAGUUUAGUUUCCCUUCAACAAAAAUUCUCAGAGUUAAAGAAACAGAUGGAAAAGGACGCAUUCACCUUUCUGCGGGAUGAAAAUACUCGGAAGAGAAGGGUCAGUGAGGAGUAUGUUAAGCUGUCAUUAUCUGAGGGUGAUCUGCCUGUGGGGAUAUACACAGGACCUGUACAGUACGCAGCCUGGAGAGACAUGAGACACAUCAUUAGCCCAGGUAAAUAUCUCCCAUUCUCAGACUGAAGGUGUAUGAAGAGUCUUAGGAUACUAACAGAUUAACAGUAACGAUCCUCGCAUUUAAUAUUGUGCGUUAUCACAUCUUCAC